CAUCAUUAAAAUUGUUUAAACUAUUCUCCAAAUGCAGAUUAAACUAAUUCCAACUCUAGAAGGGACGCCAGAAUGGAUGGCUAUCGAACUACAUGGAGCAAUUUCUCCACAGGACGAUGGGAGCUUUGACAGUAAAACUUUGGGCACGAUUUGCUGGGGAGACCACAAUAACGUGUAUAUGGUAAUCGGUAAUCAAACACUUGAAGGAAAGAUAUCGAAAAUCGACCGGCCACUGCUAGUUAUUCAGAAAAGCGAUAAAAACCACCAGGAGAAUGGAGAGAAAAACGCCACAGUGAAUGCAGUGAUCAGGAAAAAGCUCGUUUUCAAAACACGCCCGCGACCAUUGGUCUUAUCAACUGUUGUAUGAUAUGAUAUUCUGUACAGUAAAACUGAUGAUUUAAAUAAAUAAAACUAUUUCGCAGAAU